ACAUCCAUGUGUUUCUGAACGAGAGUCUUUAGUAGCUGGUACAACUAGUAUGCUAUCCUAGCCUGUAGCUAACCUGUCUGCCUUACGAUCUUAUUCUCGUAUUCAGCCUUGUCUCUUCUUCAACAUUUAGAUAUGGCCAGUAGCCAGCAGGCCAACGACGGCACGGAUCGGUCCGACCUGGUUUCUGAAGACGGCAAGAAUAGCAAAACGGUCGUGUGUCAACGCUGCGGAUCCAAAGUGCUGUGCCCGGGGAUGGCUGUGUUUGCAGAGAAAGAGCUGUUUUUACCAUCCAUGCGGAAAAAGAGCGGCCUUAGCACCACAGAGAGCUCAGCGGACGGGGACACUCUGACCGCCCACUGGUUUGUGGACGACAUGUACACUUUUGAGAAUGUGGGCUUCACUAAGGACGUGGGGAGAAUCAAGUAUCUCAUCUGUGCAGAUUGUGAGAUUGGACCGAUUGGCUGGCACUGUUUGGAUGACAAGAAAAGUUUCUAUGUCGCUGUGGAAAGGGUGAAUCAUGCAUAGUUUAAAUGCAUAUGUGAUCCCACAUGAACUUAAACAAAAUGUGUUGGCAGGCUAUGCAUCUUUUCAUGGAUUUAUUCUCAGUUGAUCCCAACCUAAUCCAUCAUACAAACACUUACAUAAACUGGUGUGUACAAUGUGUAUGAUAAAAGGACUGUGUCACUCUCAUUCUCCUCUCUCACACUAACAACAGUAUGAUCAUCCUGUUCUAAUAAAGAUGUUUUUGGGAAGCUAAUGUUGAAUACCAUCCUGGAUAAUGUGAUGUAAAUUCCCUCAUCUCAGUGUCUUUUAACCCACAGAAAAUAAUCAGUUUUAGUCAGAUUAAGAGAUAAAACAUAACUAACUCAUUUUAACUCAUUAAAAUAGUUCAGUACUAAAAUGAUCAGAUUAAUCAAUUGACACAUUUGUAUCAUUGUUAAUUGGUUACUUUUGUUUUUUAAAACUUUUGCUUAUACAAAUGCAGUUUGAAGAUGAUAUGAGUGGAUCUGUGAACUUGUAAUAGGCAUUUUUCAAUAUUUUUCGGACAUUUUAUAAAUUGUGCGAAUUCACUUAACAUGUUUGAUGGAAUAUUUAAUAUUGAAGACAAUCAUUUGUUUCAGCCCUAAACAAGUUACUCACUGUUUAGAAAAAUCCAUUCUCCAUUUGCAUGAUUGUACCCUAAAAAUACAGGGAGGGAAUUCCAUGUUAGUUUCGAUGAGUAUCAUAGUCUGACAUUCAGCUUGCUCCAUGUCUUUUUGAUGAAAGGGCUGCAAGAACAUGUAACUUAUUAUAUAUAACAUUGUCAUUAAAGUGCAUGCUUGUUCUCACGAUUCUCAAGUACCCAACGAGGCAAGUCCAAAUCAUAUUUGAGAAAAUAAACUGGUUUAAUUUCUAAUCAAA